AUGUUUAUCUUAAAUAUUUAUCGUCUAUUAUUUAGUGUUGAAAAUGGUUGUUGUGUCUCUUCAGUUGAAUUAGACGUUCGCCUAUCAAAUGGUGCUGGACGAUUGAAAUAUAAUAAUGAAGAAAAUUUCGAUUGGCCACCAGCUAACCAUCAAUUUCUUGGUCUCGAUACAAAUACACCCGUGAUAGCCACAUGUGAUCAUGCUAGUUAUCGAAUGAAAAAGAAAUUGUAUAUGGGUCCUCUGUUAGAACGUUUACAAGCUUGUAUCAAUCAACGUGGAAUAAAUAUAAUGAUCUACUGA